CCUGCAGCAGGCGAAAAGUACGGGAAAGGCGCGCAGAGGUGGUGCGGGCGUCUUCGGGGAUAAACUUGAGGAGAAGCACUUUUGCAAACAGUGGGCAGACAGCUUCGCUAGGGAAGAGCCAAGUUACGUUUUGCAAAAUGUGGCCCAGUAAUGUCUUUAAUUGCGCUCUUAGGAAAGCACAGAUAAAUAUGGAAUAAACGCUGCUCUCCAGCCUGACGUUCCUGCCUAAGGCCACAGCAGCUGUGCAGAUGGAAGCAUUUCUCCUAGAUGAAGGGACUGAGUGAGAUGCACAGCUGACAAGUUUGUUCCCUGUUCUAGGCUUGGCUCUGUCAUUGACCUCUCUGGUGUACCCAUAGGCAAUUUUCCUGCCCCUUCACUUUCCCAGCUAAAAUGGUUUCCUGCAUCCUACAGCUGCUCAGCAUGUCUUGGGUGCUCCAGCUCUGCACGCUCUGACCAUGAGCAGCAAUUCCUCCCUCAGCAAUGUGAAGGGCCUGAGGAACCUCACCACACAGGAAGACGGGGCGGUCAGAGUAACGGAGUCCAUUGCUAUAAUCGUCAUUGCUAUUUUCAUCUGUUUGGGCAACCUGGUGAUUGUUGUCACCCUCUAUCGGAAGUCUUACCUUCUCACGUUGAGCAACAAGUUUGUGUUCAGCCUCACCCUCUCCAACUUCCUCCUCUCUGUACUGGUGCUACCUUUCGUUGUCACCAGCUCCAUCAGGCGGGAAUGGAUCUUCGGAGUUGUUUGGUGCAAUUUCUCAGCCCUGCUCUACAUGCUGAUCAGCUCAGCCAGCAUGCUUACUCUUGGACUCAUAGCUAUAGACAGGUACUAUGCUGUCCUGUACCCAAUGGUUUACCCAAUGAAGAUAACAGGCAACAGAGCAGUGGUAGCUCUUGUGUAUGUGUGGCUACAUUCCCUUAUCGGCUGCCUCCCUCCCCUUUUUGGCUGGUCAUCUUUGGAGUUUGACCAAUUCAAGUGGAUGUGUGUGGCGGCCUGGCAUAAAGAGGCUGGUUACACUGCCUUUUGGCAGAUCUGGUGUGCGUUGUUGCCUUUUGUGGUCAUGAUGAUCUGCUAUGGAUUCAUAUUCCGUGUGGCAAGGAUUAAGGCCCGCAAAAUCCACUGCGGUAGUGUCAUCAUUGUGGAGGAGGACUCCCAGAGGAAUGGGAGGAAGAACUCCAGCACCUCAACGUCCUCUUCUGGCAGCCGAAGGAAUGCUUUCCAAGGGGUUGUCUACUCAGCCAACCAGUGCAAAGCUUUCAUAACCAUCUUGGUUGUCAUCGGUGCUUUUGUGAUUACGUGGGGGCCUUACAUGGUAGUAAUUACAUCAGAGGCGCUUUGGGGAAAAAAUAGUAUUUCCCCUGCCUUAGAGACAUUGGCUACAUGGUUGUCCUUUUCCAGUGCCAUUUGCCAUCCACUAAUUUAUGGACUGUGGAACAAGACAGUGCGCAAGGAACUACUAGGAAUGUGCUUUGGGGAUCGGUAUUACCGCGAGUCCUUUGUGCAGCGGCAUAGGACAUCGAGGUUAUUCAGCAUUUCCAAUAGGAUCACAGAUUUGGGACUAUCUCCUCAUCUCACUGCCCUCAUGGCAGGGGGGCGGCCAUUAGGAAACAGCAGCAGCACAGGAGACACAGGUUUCAGCUGCUCACAGGAUUCGGGAACAGAUGUAAUGCUUCUUGAAGAUUAUAGCUCAGAUGGCCCUCAUGCCCCACAGUGUGUCUGUCCUCCUCGAAGGAGGAGUUCAGUGACGUUUGAAGAUGAAGUAGAGCAAAUUAAAGGUGGGUUUAGGGAAGCUGCGAAGAAUUCUGUUCUUCAUGUAAAAGCUGAAGUCCAUAAAUCUCUGGACAGUUAUGCAUCCAGUUUAGCAAGAGCCAUUGAAGCUGAUGUGAAAAUCAGUUUGUUUGGGGAAGAUGCUUUACCAGGAGUUCUGUUCCCUGUGCGGACUCUUCCUGGAAGCAGUAUAAACACACGGCGUGGUGUCAGGCCCCAUGCUAGCCAAAGACUUCAGUUGCAGAGCAUCGAUGAAGGGAGUAUUUGACAGGAGCACUGGAGUAAGAAAACAGAACGAAACCACUAAGCGGGACCUACUACAGCUGUUACUGUUUUCACAGAACCAGGAUACCUUGCUGAGAUGUUCUCAGUGUUUUUUUCAACACUUGAAAACCAGCUGAAUUCUGGUACUUGCAUCAGCAUUUUACAGCAGUAUUUGUUUACUGGUUAGGGUGCUAUUGACUCUUUUGUGCCAUGUCUUAAAUCUAUUGCACUGCAUAGCAGUGCAGGGUUUGGUUUCAUCAACCAGAUCAUUAGUCUGUCAAAUCUUGGGUUCAUCAUUGGCCAAAGCUGAUACAGGAAUGAAAAAGGAAAAACAUUUGCAGUGUUCAGUUCAUUAUUGCAUUGAUCCUUUUCUGACCACCAGAAUAACCAGCUUAUACUUGAUAGCUGGAAUCUCUGGUGGGAGCUUGUGCGUUGCAUACUACAUACAGCCUUACUGUCACAGACUCCCAGAUGAUGGAGCAUGGACUUCAUUAAGGGACAGAACCUGAACUUUUCAGAGAGCUCAUGCAGAUUAUGGUCCUACUUACCCUUGCUAGCAGAUAUUUCUGGCUGCUCAGCCACCAGAAUGCUAGAUCUGAAGCUGGAUUGCACAUUGCUUCUGUGUUAUGACACACCAGCAUCUCUAGGUGUAAGGGGUGGAAGCUGUGCUGGAAAUAUCAGAGAUGGUCUUUGAGGAAAUCAUCAAUGCAGAGUUCUUAGUUUCUCUGAGAACUCCAGUUUACUUCCCUGGUUUUCCUUUUACUGCAAGGGCACGCUCUACAGCUGUGGUAAUCUAGACAGACUAUAAGGUAUUACCACUUUAUAUUCAGGAUUCAUCUUUUCUAGAGUGAAAGGUUCUGAGGUUGUUGGGAGUUUUGUUUUGGUGGGUUUUUUUUUUAAUCACGAGGGAAUGUAUUUAAGCAAUAGUUACCUCAGUGCAUACAUUUCUUGGAGUAUUAACUCAUUAAUCUCUAAAAUAAGAACAUUUGGCACUUACAUUGCACUUCUCAUGUUCUUAAGCGCUGUCCAGACGUUACCUUAUUAGGCCUUUGUGAGAGGGUCGAUCAGCCCUGCUUGCCAAAGCAGGGGAAUUUGGCAACAGCCAAGCUGCUGGUAAUGAAAGAAGCUGCAAAGGUGGAAAGGUUUGUUAAAAAAAGAGGGAUGGAGUGGAUCAUAGGAGAACCUUUCUGUGCCUUCCUGGGCUGGCCCCUUCCUCCCUUUGUGGGGGUUACAGCCCUGCCUUACUGCUUAUUUCAAAGAGAGGGAGACAAGUGAGUAGGAUAAUUUCUUGGGGGUGGGUGUCAGUAGCAAGUUGACUUAAUGACCAAGGAUUUGCAUUUGUUUACUCUGUGUCUGCUUCCCCCUGUGCCUCCACCUUUCCCCAGAAGUCGUUUGUGUGAGUUUUUGCUGCAGAUUGUUUGGAAAUAGGGGGGAGGAUGCUUCAAUCUGGGCAAAAACUGGCUGUGCGCUUGUUAAAUUAUGGCUGUGUGUGAGACUUACUCGGAGGCAUAAAAGCAAACUGAUUUUGAGGCAGAGCCUCAGUCCAGUACUGUAUUUAGACAUCCUAUUUGUGUUCCCAACUCAGAAAUAUAUUUCAGCACAAGCUUAUGUCCAUCUCUGGACAAAGCAGCUUGACUUGAGGAACUAGCCUGAAUCCCAUUUUACAUUCUCAUGUAGGAUUUAACUGUGUGCUUAAAAUCCAGUACAUGGUUUGCUGAUUAAGAACAGGCUGUUAAAGCAAGAACACGUAAACACAGGUAAAAUGGCUCCUUGCCAUAAUACAGGAAUGAAGCUACUAGUGAGGUCCUCACCCCUGUAUUUUUUGCUUCUAGUGUGUUAG